AGAAGAGGAAAAAAAAAAGAACUGUGAUCUAUACACUGGAUUUGACAACUACAGUUCCUUCUUGCUGCUUGGGAGAGUGUUAUUGACUUUCAGAAUUUCAAAACCCUCACUAUCGAAAGGGUACUCAAUAAUCGCUCCAUCUAUCAAAAUUUCCCUCUAUCACUCUAUCUUCAGAAAAUUUCUCCAUUGCAAUGUCUGUUAAAGAAUUAAGUAAUCGUCAUGAUAACAAUCGACCUCACGAAGAAAUCACAGAGAUUAAGAGUUACUUAAAUUACUAGUUGAAUCUCAAGCGAAGCAAGAAAAUAUUCAAAAUCAAAUGCUAGAGGUCCUAAGAAGCAUUAGCAGCGCUGGUAAUAAACCCAAAGCUAAAGCAGUGGACCCAGCUAUGCUCACGAAUGGUAGAGGUUCUUUUUUCUUACGCUGCUUGAUUGAAGCCAAUUUCUGCGAUAUGGCACUCUGCCUUAUCAAACAGAUUCCAGAGUUUGCUCUGGAGAUUUCACAUAAUUAUGGCAUUAGCAGAUUAAGUAUGAGCGCGUUGGAGAUGAUGGUCCGGAGGCCCUUUGCAUUUCAAAGUGGUACUAAACUGACAUGGGGGCAAAACCUGAUCUAUUCAUUGAUUCAAGUGGACAUGAAUUCUACAUAUUUCCAACCAGUUAAACCAAAUAAGUGUCAAUCAGAAUGCCCCAUUAGGGACGAAGAGAACCCACUUCCAGAAGUCUUAAAUUGCACCAAAGCAGAAGAAAGCUCGAAAUUCUCCACCUCAUCAAGUACUUAUAAACGACAUGUAAUGCCUUACAUAACAAAAGUGAUCGGUAUUGAACGACAGUAUAACCAAAACCUAAUGAACCAACAAGCAAGUGCAUUGAUUAAACAAAUGUUCGUGGAUCUCAAAAAGGAAACUAACGCUCAAACAUUAAUGAAGUUUUUUGACAAAAAUCCCAACAUCAUGAAGACAGCUAUAAAGAAUGGAAUCACAGAGUUUGUGGCCGAGUGUCUCGAGAAGUUUGAUUCUCUCAUUUGGCCUAGAAUAUCGGGAGAAACAAUGUUAGAAACGGCUAUCAUAGAACGGAAAGAGAUGAUAGCGAAUAUAUUGGAAACUAGUGACAAAUUUGAUGAGACAAUCACUUUACUUUCUAGAGUAGAUCUUGAUGACGGCAACACCAUUUUGCAUUAUGCUGCCAAGAGAGCGUCUUCUGCUCAGCUCAAUUUGAUCUCUAGGGCAGCACUUCAAAUGCAACGAGAAAUGCAGUGGUUCAAGGGGGUGCAAAGUAUUUUACGGGAAAGCGAUAGGUUGAUAAGGAACAAAAAUGGAGAUCCAGCUCAAUUUGUAUUUUCGGAAGAACACAAAGACUUGCUCAAAGAAGGAGAAGAUUGGUUAAAGGAUACAUCUGGAUCGUGCAUGAUUGUCGCUGCUCUAAUUGCUACUGUAGCAUUUGCAGCUGCUUUUACUGUUCCAGGAGAUAAAAUCAUCUCGACAUGUUUUGUGUUCUUAGUUGAGGAGAAAGGGAAUCUCGAGGGCUCCCAAUAUCAGAUCUACACAGUUCUUCGGAUUGAUUUGGGUUUUUCACUCUCCAGAGGCUCAUUCAGGAAAAUGAAAGAAUGAGAUGCAGAAUGGGAGAGGCGAAUGGAAGCGCAAAAUGAGCAGUAUAACAUGCGUCAGAACCAAAUGAUGGAGUAUGUCAAAUUGUGCAGGCCAGACCUAUUUACGAGAUCGGGGCAACUCUCAGGACCUUCAGAUCACCUCUUCAGAACUGGGGAGCAUCAUCACAGACCUUGGGAGCAACUAUCUAUACAUGGGAUGGCGCCUUUCAUACCAUUGGAGAAGCGCCGAAGACUUGGAGAGCAGCCUGGCAUACCAGAGGAGCAACAUUUUGGACCUUCUCCGCGUUACAGGUCUGGGGAGCAGCCCAGCAGAGACGGGCCGACGCAUUUCAUACCUUUGGAGCAGCGCCAAAGAGCUGUGGAGCAUCCUGGCAGACCAGAGGAGCAACCUUUUGGACAUGCAGAGCCGCUUUACAUGCCUGGGGAGAAUCCCAACAGACACGGGGCGACGACUUUCAUACCAUUGGAGCAGCGCCAAAGGCCUGGGGAGUAGCCUGGCAGAACUGAGGAGCUACUCUUUGGACCUGCUGAGCCGCUUUACAUAUCCAGGGACCAUCUCAACAGACCUCAAAAUGAUUCAGGUUCGCAGGGAACAUGAACAGACGUCUGGGAUUGGAUAUCUAGUCCGUUUGAGAGUUGAUUUAACAUGGACUAGGCCAAGUUUGAAUUAUUAGGUUUCUUUAGUUUUGAUUGUGUAAUAAUUUUUUUUGUUUCCUUAUGGGUAAGUGGGAUUCU